UGUAGAAGUCACUUGUAUCAAUGUAGAAUAUAGGUCGUAGCCAUGGUCGUAGUCAAGUUAGCCCAUCACCCUCACGCCGGAGUUAGCGAGCGAUGCGGCCCGCUUUCGCCAUUCUUCCCUCUGCUUCUCCCCACACAAACUUCGGACCAUCUGAACUUCACCACCUUUGCGCAUCCAUCCUCACCUCACAUCUCACCACCGUCUCCUCCCCUCAACCUCCAGGUAAACACUCCCUCGUUCGUACUAUAAUUAACCCCGGCUCGACACUCCAUCAUCCUCCCCUCCCCCCGCGUUCGGGCAUUCGACCCCAUCCGCCCGACCGUCUGACGUCGUGAAGAAAUCCGAGUCUUGGCGCCCUUUCCCACAGCACACAACCUUGACCCUCUCCGUCCGACAUCCUCGCAUUUGGACUCUGAUAAUUGACUCGCGGCUCUCGCUAGGUUCCUUUCACCAAAUAAACCACCGUCAAAAUGGAUCACGCAAAGUUGGCUAAGAUGCAGGCGAGCGUGCGGAUUGG